AUGCAGGUUAAAAACCAGAUCUGCACCGAGAGGAGCAGCACCGACGACCCGGAGCAGGAUGACAACCAGAAGAAGACCUCGUGUUUUUCCAACAUCAAGAUUUUUCUGGUGUCGGAAUGUGCGCUCAUGUUGGCCCAGGGCACGGUGGGGGCUUAUCUGGUAAGCGUCCUGACCACUCUGGAGAGACGCUUCAACCUCCAGAGUGCCGAUGUGGGCGUCAUCGCCAGCAGCUUCGAAAUCGGCAACCUGGCCCUCAUCCUGUUUGUGAGCUACUUCGGUGCCAAGGCCCACCGGCCCCGCCUGAUUGGCUGUGGUGGGAUCGUCAUGGCGCUGGGGGCAUUGCUGUCAGCUCUGCCAGAGUUCCUGACUCAUCAGUAUGAGUAUGAGGCAGGGGACUCGUGGCACGCCGAGGACGGCAGGGACGUCUGCUCCAACAACUCCAGGUCAGAAAACAGAGACUCUGGGUUUAAUUGUGGUAACCGGGCCAACACCAACAUGAUGUACCUUCUGUUGAUUGGAGCCCAAGUCCUGCUGGGCAUUGGAGCCACACCGGUCCAGCCUCUGGGAGUGUCCUACAUUGAUGACCAUGUUCACAGAAAGGACUCCUCACUGUAUAUAGGUAUUUUGUUUUCAACGUUAGUGUUCGGCCCGGCCUGUGGCUUCAUCCUAGGUUCUGUCUGUACCAAAGUUUAUGUUGAUGCUGUCUUCAUUGACACCAGUAAACUGGACAUCACCCCAGAUGACCCUCGCUGGAUCGGGGCAUGGUGGGGCGGGUUCCUCCUCUGCGGUGCCUUACUCUUCCUGUCAGCUCUUUUCAUGUUCGGCUUCCCCCAGGCGCUGGAUGAGCAGGACAUGGACGCUGGAGGGGAGAGUGAGCAGGCCAUGCUGCCUUCUUCAAUAACCCUGGAGUAUCAGGGCUCGAAACCCAACGGGGCCAUUCAUGGCUUUGAUUUAAACAGUGGACUCUCAGUCUGUGAACAUCUGAGAGUCAUUCCUCGGGUAACCAGGCACCUUCUCUCCAACCCGGUGUUCAGCUGCAUCACGCUGGCUGCCUGCAUGGAGAUCGCUGUGGUUGCUGGCUUUGCUGCCUUCCUGGGAAAAUACCUGGAGCAGCAGUUCAACCUAACCACCUCCUCAGCCAAUCAGCUGCUAGGCAUGACAGCCAUCCCCUGUGCCUGUCUGGGUAUCUUCCUCGGGGGGUUACUGGUUAAGAAGCUGAACCUGUCAGCUUUGGGAGCCGUUCGCAUGGCCAUGCUGGUCAAUCUGGUUUCCACUGCCUGCUAUGUCUCUUUUCUCUUCUUGGGCUGUGACACGGGUCCUGUAGCAGGGGUUACAGUGCCCUACACCAAUGAGACUUUGCAGUCAUGGCAGCGGCCUGAAUCUGCAUGCAUCAAUAACUGUAACUGUUACACAGCAUCAGUGAGCCCUGUCUGUGGCUCCAAUGGAGUCACCUACCUCUCAGCCUGCUUUGCCGGCUGCACCAAACGAAACCUGACGAGCUGUUCGUGCAUAUCCAGCAGCAGUGAAGAGGCGGUGGCUUUACCCGGGAAGUGUCCCAGUCCGGGCUGUCAGCAGGCUUUCCUCACCUUCUUAUGUGUUAUCUGUGUAUGCAGCAUGAUCGGAGCUAUGGCCCAGACGCCCUCUGUCAUCAUCCUCAUCAGAACUGUGAGUCCAGAGCUUAAAUCGUAUGCGCUGGGAGUUUUGUUCCUGCUCCUGAGGCUGAUAGGCUUCAUCCCUCCUCCUCUGAUUUUUGGCAUGGGCAUCGACUCCACCUGUCUGUUCUGGAGCUCCGUCUGUGGCGAGAAGGGAGCCUGCAUGUUGUACGACAACGUGGCCUACAGGCAUCUGUACGUCAGCAUCGCCAUUGUCCUCAAGACGUCGGCCUUCCUCUUGUACACCACGACAUGGCAGUGUUUGAGAAAGAACUACAGGAAAUACAUCAAGAACAGCGAGGGUUACCUCACUCCCACUGAAUUAUUCGCCUCAAAUGUGACUCUGGACAAUUUGGGCAAAGAGAUCACCCAGAACCCAGUCAACAGGACAAAGUUCAUUUACAACCUGGAGGACCAUGAGAUGUGCGACAACAUGGAGUCGGUUUUAUAGUGGCUGCUUGCACUGAGCCUGCAGACUGGUGUGAAACUGACCUGAUGUUUCUUUGGUGUCACUUCGAUAUAUAAAAGAAUGUCCUCAGUAAGGAUCUAUUCUUCUCCUCACCUAAAAUAUAUAAAACUGAAGAGAUGAUUUCCAAAAUGCUUUAUAUCCACAAGGUAUUUUCAUUUUGUUGGCUUUUUCUUUUAUCAUUUGACACCAGAGAAGAGAUUUACAGAAAAUAUGCAAGGUCCACUGAUUCAAAGCAGAAAUACUGCAGUUAUGUGUGACCUUCAGAUGUUGUUUUGUUAAAUUUGAUUAAAAAAAAAAAAAAAAAAAAUCACCUAUUUAAGAGUUAGAAAUCUAAAAUUAUGUUCAUUCAUCAGCUUUAUCGAACAGAUUUUUCCUUUAGAAGGAAGUAUUUCUCAGGUCGUGUCAGGUAGAAAAUACAAAAGGAAAUGUAAAAGCUAACAUGGUGGUUCAUUAUUAGAUUAUAUAUUUUUAUCCUGUUGUUGGAGGCAUACAAAACAUUCAGAUAUAGUGCCCUUCAGACCUUUUCUUAAGAGAAGGAAAAACUAUUGAGCAUUUAAGCCUUAUUUAUGCAGCAGUUCUUGGUUUAAGACUGCAUUUUUAUGUUAUUGUAUUAAACCGUCCUUUUUCUUUGACCCUGCCCUCAGUUCCCCAGAUGCAUGAAUGGAAGAAUGUAAUCUUCAAAAUAAUUCACACUGGCAAUUAAAUUAACAAUAUUUUAGUUAUUUUUUCUAAAUGUAGGGGUCACAAGAGAUGGAUAGCCCAUUUUGGAACCAAACUCUUCAGUUUGAGUUAAUAUUGCACAUAUUAUUCAGGCCCAUUUUUUAUAUUAUUGGCCCAUUCUUAUUCAAGAGGGCAUUUUUGGGACAUUUGUUGAAGGUUGUUACAGUAUGUAAUAGUUAUCCCUUUAUUGUGUCAGUGUGUAGAGAUUUGCUAUGAAUGCUGGACGAGAUAUUAAGAAGUUUUCCUUUUCAGAGUCACAGAGAUGUUUUGUUACCUCCCAUCAUUCUGUUGAUAUUCAGUAUUUUCUCUUUCAGUUCAGAGAAAAUAAGGGAAUAACCAGUGACUUUCAAAAGAAACAAUGUUUAGAAAAAGAUAAUUAACUUGCCUAAAGAAACUGACUGAUACACAAUUAAGCUGACUUCCUAACUGAACCUGAUUUGACCACCAUGAUAAUUCUGUUGGGAACACUCGUGUCAAUGGUAAAGAGAGACAAAUAUACAACUUGGUGUUGUGGUGGUAAUUCUACGCUUGGGGAAGCCCCCUACAGCAGUAAUGCAUGUAAUACAUAGCAACAUGAUAAAUAACAAGCAGGAAACAUUGUAAGUAUUCUCUCAGUGGAAUUAAAGACUCUCCCUCAGGGGACUGCAGGCUGUGGGGCAGAGGGCUUUUACAAUAGCAUCAGUAACAGAGGCAAAGCUUACAUUAGCAUACAGCGAGAGUGAAGGCAUUUGUGUAGAAUGCCAUUUAAUGCAGUCAGACACAAGGAUUGUGGUGGGCUAGCUGUUAGCAGACACAGCGGAGCAUGACGCACAGUGUCCAACAAGAAUUACUCGAUUAAAAAGCAUGCCAGUAAUGCAUGCACUGUUGAAAACAAAUGUUUCAUAUGUCAGUAGGCAUAUGAAGACUCUGGUUUAGUGGUCAAGGUAAUGGUUAAAAACACAUUUUAACUCUAAUGGCCUCCAAAUUGUGUCUUUGACCAUGGGAAAGCUUUAUAAUGCAUACUGCAUUGUGAUGUUUUAUUUUUACCUCCACCAAGGAGGUUAUGUUUUUGCCCAUGUCUUUCUGUUUGUUUGUCUGUCAGCAGGAUUAUGCAAAAUCUACUGCAGUGAUUUUCAUGAAAAAUAAAGCGUAGGGCGUUAGCCAAGAAGGAAACCAUUAAAUCUUGGAGCAGAUCCAGAAAAAAAGGACAUAUCCUAUUUUCUUUUCCCUUUACAUUGUGAGCUAGGGCCUUGGUGGAGUUUUGACCUUAUAGUUAAAUAAUAAUGGAUUAAUAAUGACUUUAUCUGGUCAAAAUCACUUCAUGCUGCAGUGAUUGUCUUACAGCUUUUUUUUUUCUUGCUUUUUUUUGGCAUGGAGAGGACAUAUCCAGUUUAUAGAGUUUAUAUAAAGUGUAUGUUGGUUUCUCUGGCUUAAUUUGGAAGGAUUUGAUACAUUUUGCAUC